GAAUCAUGGGUCGUAAAAAAAUAGAGAUAGAAUUAGUGGAUAACAAGAAGGCUAGGAAUGUCACAUUUUCAAAGAGAAGAAGUGGUCUUUUUAAGAAAGCAAGUGAUUUAUCAAUUCUUUGUAAUGCUAGAGUUGGUAUAGUUGGAUUUACCCCUGGUGGUAAACCAUUUGCUUUUGGUUCUCCAACUUUCGAAGCUGUGACUAAUGUGUACCUUCAUGGAGAAGAAGGUGAAUCAUCAAGAAAAAAUGUUAAGCCUUCUCGAAACCAAAACAUCAACAAGCUCAACAAAGAACUGAGUGAUUUGACCGAAGAGUUGGAGGAAGUUGACAAAGGUAAAGCCUCUAUGGUACCUACUGAUCUUGACUUAGAAGAACUUCUAAAAGUGAAGACAUCACUGAAAGAUCUCCAUGGUAACAUUGAGGCAGCAUCAUCUUUGCUUCUCCUUGCAAAGAACCCUGUACACAUCAUUGAUUUAGAUUGAAAAAGAAAGGGAAAAUCCAAUGUUAUGGAAACUAAUUAUUAAUUGGAGAUUGUUUGUUGUUCAAUUUUAUAAAUCUACAGUGAAUAACUGGAAUUUGUUUUUCUUCCGUCUAAAAUUUAGGAA